AUGAACUCGUUCUAUUUCCCAAUUGAAUUUGUCUAUGAAGACGGAUUCAGAGACAGGGACGAAUUGGUGGAAAGAGUGGGAGAGAUAGAGCAGUUGAAGAUUGUGGAUGAGCUGUUCUUCAGCAACCUGAUUCUCUCAAUUCAAAGGGGAGAAGAUGUCAAGAAGUUUGUUAGGCAGUUUUGUCCAAAAAUGGAUUCGAUGCUCUGUAUAACGAUAGAGGUGAGGAUGAAUGAAAGUGAGACAGAAGAGGAAAUGAGCAUUGUGUACAACAAGGAGACACUUUCUGAGCAAAUUGAGAUGCUUCUCUACAGCUGUAGAAGAAGGUGGGAGAAGACCAUUAGAAGUCAUUCUGGGCUGAAUUCAUUCACGAGUUUGUUCAAAACACCCUAUGCAACAAAAUGCCUGGCAGAUGCGUAUUAUUAUACGAAGAACUUUAGGAUGGCUGAGCAAUUUUAUCGGAAAAUUGUAAGGAACUACGCGUUGUAUACGGACAGGAUGAUAGGUCUCUGUGGUCACCAAAGAGGAUCAGAUACAAUGACGAUAUUCGCAGCAGACAUAUACAUGGCAAAUGACGAAUAUGACAAGUUGUACGACUGUAGAAAAGUAUGUGGAAUCAGGGAGCUACGAGACGCAAUUGAGCUCCAUCUGUUCCGUAACCUGGAGAAAACGCAGUUUGGAACAGCAAAGCAGCUUGUGAUCCUCUACAACCUGUUCAAGAAUAGUAUUAGCAUAAACAAUAGAGACGAAACAAACAAAAUGUAUAAUUUGUUUGUUCAAAGUAUAAAUAAACUUAAGAUGCAUAAAUCAGAAGAGGAGAAGAGAAUGUGGAACAGAAUCAUCGAACGAGCCACUGCCGAAUACAAAGAAAGCAGCAUCGAUAAAUAG